AGUGAGGAAACAGUACAAGAUGAUGCUUGUAAAAUCACUAUCCAUGCAAAGGGAAGUGAUGGCUCCCUCUAUGAAGAUAGAAUUGAAGACAUUGGGCUUUCUGUUUGGUUUCAUUUGAAACGAUGUGGAAAUAUAGAGUCAAAACUGAAAUCAUUUAACUAUAACAUGAAAGAAAUCUGUCAAGACAAUAUUGUAUUAACAUAUAUGGGAGUGUGCAGAGUGAGUAAUAUCUGUUUCCUGUCUCAGUGCAAAACCAUUCAUCAAAUCCUGGAGGAAGCUACUGACAAAUACUUUCUGGUAACCAUCCCGGAAGAUGAGAAACAGAAGUUCAUUGUCAGGAACUGGACCAAAACUGAUUUAUAUCUGUCAAGAAAGGCAACAGCUCACAGAGCUCACAGUGGUUGUUUAAUCAUUGUAGCUGAAAAGUCUUGCAGAAAUGAUGUCAAUUGUGAAGUCAAAAAGCUUGAGGAGCAAUACACACAAACAAUGCAAUUACAGGAUGAUUUGGGUAAUCUACCUGCAACAGAGAGAAAGAGAAACUGUUCACUGCAACCGGAACAGUAUACAAGCUGCCAUUUAAAGUGGGAACCAGUACAAGAAUUGAUGAAAGGGGAUGGCAAAAUGAUAAGUGUUCAACAGCUGGAAGACGAAUUGUCUUAUAAUGAACCUGUCUUAAAGGGCAAGUUUAGAUUAUAUGAAGAGAAUGGAAAACUACACGUUGUGGCAGCUGGUGACUACUUGACGUUGGUAAAGAAAAAGGUAGAACAGGUGCUCCAUUGGAAAAAGCGUGAGGGGAAUGUUGCGAAGAAGCUGCCAAACAAAGAACUGGAACUGACAGAGAUACAGUUUGAAUUCAUACAGAAGCCUGAGGUGAUCAAUUAUAUUGAUGAGAAAGUGGAAUCAUUUCAGUUUGAUAUCAACAGAAAAAGAAAAUCUCUAAAGGUCUAUGGUGUAAAAUAUACCUUACUUGAUACAUGCAUAAAAUAUGUAUCUGGCUGCUUAAAAGAGAAGAAAGUUGACCUGUCAGGUGAACCUGUUGUUGAAAAUGUGCCCCUUUCUGAGAUAAAACACAUGUUAGAUGUUCAAGAGUCACUACAUCAUGGUAAACUUCUGAUCAGAGUUGAUGAUCAGAAGCAGUGCUUGAACAUAAUUUGUACGGAUGAUGUCCAGGAUGUUGUUUUUGCUGAACUUCAUGAACUCAUUAAGACCUAUUCUAAUACAACACUCCUUCUACCUCUAUCAAGCAAAAAAUGGGGUCAUAUCAAGACAUUUCCAGAGGUAUUCCCAGAAAUACCUAAAGAUGUUAGAACAGAGUACUGUUCUGAGCAAGGUCUUCAAAUUAUGGGCCAAAAGGAACAGGCCAUUGAAGCUAGGGCAAUAAUUGAAGAGUUCAUAGGAAAGCUACAUAUUGAAGAAUUCCCCUUGUCUGAUGAUAUUGAAAAAUUCCAGACUGAUGAAGGACAAGAACUGAUAAAAGACAUACAGAAAAAUUCUGAAUGUGUAGUAACAAUUGAAGAGCAUGAAACAUGUGAAAAUGAAGCCUCUGAGGUGGCAAUUAAAGACUAUCUUGCUGAGUUGCACCUGGAACAAACAAGUGACUGUAUCAGACUGUCUCAGUGGCUCUCAAAGGGUAAAUGUAUGAUCACUGUCAUCCAGGGCAGUAUGGAUAAUCUGUAUGCUGAUAUUCUAGCUGUGCCUGUUGUUGGAGGGGAGGUCCCAUCAGCAUUUUCAUCUCUGAAAAAAGAUGAAUCCUUGAAGAAGAGAAUUCAGAGCUUAAAUCAGACAAAAGAUCAGUCACUAAUGAUUCAAUGUGACAAUUAUGGCUUGAGCUGGUUAAAAACCAAGAGAGUUGUAUUCUUUUUCGUGCCAGUAACCCUGAAAGAGGGUAAAGAUAAAGAAAAAGAAUCAGUGAGGAAGACAGUCCAGCACAUCAUCACACAAGAAGCAAGGAGAAGCCAGACUCCAAGGAACAGUGCUUGUGUAUUUGUCGUUGAAACGUUAAACCAGAAAGGAUUGUUUGCAGUAGGUGUGAAGGCUAUCAUUCAUGGGUCUCAGGAUGCCUUUGAAGAAUGUGUAAAUUGCAUCGAUGUACAACUACUAGCUGAUGAAACAAUGUCUUCAGAAGUUGUGAAAACCCUUAAAAGAGCAUGCCCUGAAUCCAAACAAAUCAGUCUGUCAGGUCAGGUCAAGAAAUCAAAGAAGAAAUUUCCAGGAAAAGGAAAAAAUGUUGAACAAUCCAAGACAUCAAUUGAAAUUGUUGUUGGGAAACUGGAAAAUGUAGAGGCGGAUGUGUUGGUCAACUCUGCUCAUCACAUGCUGGAUCUAGCAUAUGGAGUAGUAUCAAGAGCAUUAAAUGCUGCCUCAAAGGGUCAACUGCAAAGAGAGUGUAAAGAGAAGUACCCUAAUGGCUUACAACCUGGUGAAGUGGCUGUCACAUCAUUUCAAAGGCAGAAAGGGAAAUCAUGUAUCGUAAUUCAUGGUUUUCUAUUCAAGUUUCCUUCAGGAUUACAAAAUGAGCCAACUGAAGAUGACUGUUGGAAGGUGAUGUACAAAUUCAUUUACCUGUGUUUACAUGAGGCAAGUAAGCUUGGAGUGGAGUCCAUUGCUUUUCCUGUUCUUGGAACUGGAACAUUGAAGUAUCCGGUUGAAAAAGUUGCUAACGUAAUGUUCACAGUUGUAGAAUGGUUCUUCAAUGAAACCACAACUUCAUCACUAAAGACUGUGAAGUUUGUGGUUUAUGAAGGAGACAAGGACAUCAUUCAGGUUUUCGAUGCAGAAUGGAUGGCAAGAAGCUAUGAGAGCAGCGCUAAACAAGGUUCCAUGGAAACAAGGCAGAAGUGUGAGAAUGUCAUGUUACAGUUCAUUGCAAGUGAUAUUCGAAAGUGUAAUGGAUGCUCAGAUUUCACUUCAAAUCUACUAAAGAAGAGAACAUUACAAAACUCAAUUUGGUACAAUGUCACGAGAUCUAUUCCCCAUUUGAAAGCUAAAGACACUUAAUUUGAAAUCAUGCAU